AUGAAGAGAUGGAAGAGGCUGUUAUUUGGUUAUCGGGAUGGUAACAAUAACAACAGUGGAAGUCGUUUGGGUGGUACACUCGUGAACGGAGAAGCAACAUCAUCAUCAAAGGACAUGAUUUUUCCUUCUGAAAUUCUGUACCUAAUAUUUCAAUUUGUAGAUUCAUACCAAGACAUUCUCAUAUCGUUCAAAGGAGUUUGUAAAUAUUGGUAUCGAGUGGCAACGAAAGUACCUCUAGCAAUGACUUUAUCAAAAAAUACAUUGGCUUCCAAGAGUACAACAAGCCAUCCCAUUCUCAUGCAUACAAAUAUAACAAGUGUUGAAAUUGUAUCGGGAGGUGUUGGGAUGAGCAUGGAAGAAAUGAAAAUCAUGAUUAAAAAAUUGAAAAGCGUGGAGGAUCCUGAAAUUGAGAAGCAAGUGAUCAAGUAUUGUGGUAAUGAAAUGAAACGAGAUGAAAAUUUGAGUAUUUGGAGAAAAUUAUUAGAGUUCAAAUUUGGAGCGAAUAGAAUUGGAGAUGUGGGUGUCAAGUUAUUAAUGACAGAAGCUUUUGGAUCUUUUGCAACUCCACGGAGGAGUGUCUUAUCAAAUGUGUCCUAUUGUUUACAAGUUUUAAGCUUAAAUGCGAAUGACAUUCAGUUGGAAGGUGUCAAAGCCAUUGCAGGAAAUCCAAGUAUGAAAAAUCUAUCGUAUUUAAAUUUAUGGUGGAAUAGAAUUGAUAAUGAGUGUUUACAAGUGAUAACAUCAAGCGAGAAUUUACAAAAUUUAACAGAGUUACAUAUUGGCUCGUGUCAAUUUGACGCCAUUGGCGUGAAAUAUAUUGCGGAGAGUAGCUUUAUGAAGAAAUUAACAGUGCUGGAUCUCACGUGUAACGAAAUUGGAAAAGAAGGUGUCAAAUACCUCUCGCAACAAGGAACAAGUUUACAAAAUUUAACAAGUCUGUCGUUAAAUAACUGUCUGAUUGAAGAUGAGGGAUUGGAGUUUCUCAUGGACGGAUAUUGUAUUCAAAACAUGACCAAGCUAGAGUUGAUGGAAAAUAUGAUUCUCAAGGGAUUGAAUUAUUUAGCAAGCAAAAAACAACCAUUCAAGAAAUAUUUAAUAGUGCUAAAAAUUGGAGCAAAUAAGGUUGGUGACGAGGGAGUGAAAGUAUUAGCUGGUGCAUCGAAUGAACAAUUACACAAACUCGAACGUUUGAAUUUAAUUUUCACCGAUAUUAGUGAUGUAAGUGUGGAAGUCAUUGUGAAUUGUGAGCGAUGGAAAGGCACACUACGACGAGUUGAUGUCACGAAAAAUGGAAAUGUCACCACAAAUGGUUUGGAGCUGUUACGACUGCAUGGAAUCAACAUUCGGAAAUGA